AUGCAGACGUGGUUUACCCAAAAAGAAAAACCCACGGGACACCUGGCGCAGCGGGCUGCAACAGGGGGUGAAAAAGACUUUGUUCCACCUGAUGUUCACACCGCGACACAUACUGCCAAGAUGGGCGGGCAGGCUGGACGGCCAUUUGAUGAAUUGGGGGGUCAACCCCAGGUGGGGUUGCGAGAAAUUCAAGAGCUGAGAAAUAAGUUUGUGGAAAAGGGUUUUCGUCCGGAAGAAAACAUCCGGACUUUUGAAGGUGCCUUGGAGUAUUUAUUUGGGGCAUCACCAGAACAGCCGCUGGCGGCAUAUCGUGUUCUUUUCCCUUCCCCAUGA